AUCAUCUUUCAUCCAUUAUAAUAACGUCUACUCAAAUUGGCAAUCACAAAUGACAUGCUAAUAACAUAGGAUAUAAAAUUUUAAAAAUAAUGCUAAGAUAUAAUGGCCAGGAUUCGUCGUGGAAGCCAUUACGUGCGGAGAUCAGAAAUCAGUCGGUACAAUGGCCUCACUUCUGUGUCUCGCUGUUUGCGUUGUUAUUUUGGCUGCUGUACCGACGCCCGUUAAGAGUACGGCUGAGGUGAUGAGCCACGUCACUGCGCAUUUCGGUAAAUCGUUAGAAGAGUGUCGUGAAGAGUCGGGUCUAACGGCGGAGGUUUUGGAGGAGUUUAAACACUUUUGGAGCGAAGAUUUCGAAGUUGUGCACCGGGAGCUCGGUUGUGCACUCAUUUGCAUGUCCAACAAGUUCUCUCUCAUGGAGGAUGAUGCCAGAAUGCAUCACGUCAAUAUGCAUGAUUACGUCAAGAGUUUUCCACAAGGCGACUUGUUAUCUGAAAAAAUGGUACAAUUGAUCCACAAUUGUGAAAAACAGUACGAUGAUAUUAAAGACGAUUGUGAUCGCGUUGUGAAAGUCGCAGCCUGCUUCAAGAAAAGUUGUAAGAAAGAAGGCAUUGCACCUGAAGUCGCCAUGAUAGAAGCUGUGAUGGAACGAUAUUAACUUGAUAUGCAUAAAAACGAUUUGACAAAAUUUGACGCGCGAAUUCAAGACAGGACCUCGAUAUUCUUAGCUAGUAAUACAUCUGUAUAUGAUUUUAAAUAAAUGCUAUUAUAU